ACACGUACGCGGACAAACGAACGAUUUUACUCCUCACGAGCGAUAAAGUGUUAUUGUUUCAUCGACAGAUUUGAAAACAGAAGUGAGUUCUGCUCAUAGAACGCGCGUUGCGUUCGAAAAGAAGGCGGUAUGGAUUGUAAAUCUGAGAGGAAGCGGCCUGUUGCUUUGUUUACAACGGUGAGAUCUGCAGCAGAGUACAAACAUGGAUUAUUAGGAACUGAUCCACCACGAGCAGACGCUGGAUAAGGAGCAUCUUCCACAGAAGCUGGUGUGUGAUUCGAGUGGAGGAUGAGGGCCUCUCUGGCGGUGUCUGGGGAAGAGAAGGGUCUGCGGGCACGACUCGGACGAAUGAGGCAUCUGCUAUGCCAGACUGGGCAUCAUGUGGAUGUGCAGAUGGACGAGGAGCCUGGCGUUUGGCUCAGGAGCUUUCAUCUGCUGGACCUUGAGGAACGUAGUGAGGACCCGGUGCAGGAGUGGGGAGAGGAGGUGGAAGACGGGGCUGUUUAUGGCGUCACUCUUCACCGAGAACCCAUCCAACCCCCACCUGAUGCCGCUGAGAACUCUUCUGCCUUCGGCUUCAUGCAAUACCGCACACUGAAGGUCCGCAGGCUUAAAGCAGCCACUCUGGAGCGGCUUGUUACAGAAUUGGUGAACCCAGAGUGCCCUGACCCAGAAUACAUGCAAAUCUUCCUCUCCACCUACAGAGCCUUUACCUGCACAAAUGCUCUCAUUGAACUCCUUUUUCAAAGAGAGGACAUGGUCACCAAUCUGGACAACAGUGUUUGUGUGAGGAGUUCUCUGCCCCGUCUGAUCCGGCUGUGGUUAGAAGAGUAUCAAGAGGACCUUCGGGACUCUCCAGAUCACCAGGCUCUUCGGUUGCUCUGUGUUCAUCUGCGUCAUCGCCUUUGUUUCAGACGGCUGGUUCAUCAAGCUGAUGCUCUUCUCAGAAAAUUUCAGACUGAAGACAAACACACAUGUACAUCAGCAGUAGCCAGCGCAACUGCUGUGGAGAAUCAGGCAGCUGAAGACACCAUGGACAGACAGGACAUAGAAGAGACAGGGGAUGUACUGGCCUUUCCAGCACGUGACAUUGCUGAGCAGCUCACGCUUUUAGACGCUGAACUCUUUGUUAGAGUGGUUCCAUUUCAUUGCCUUGGCUGCAUUUGGUCUCAAAGGGACAAGAAAGAGAACCGAAAUCUAGCGCCCACGGUCCGUGCCACCAUUGCCCAGUUCAAUGCCGUCACUAAUUGUGUUAUCACCUCUCUGCUGUGCCCUCCUUCCACAUCUCCUCCUGGUUCCCCAUCCUGCACUCAUAGCAGCCCUACACACAGGGCAAAGAUUAUUGAGAAGUGGAUCUCUGUGGCUCAGGAGUGCCAUCAGUUGAGAAACUUCUCCUCUCUGAGAGCCAUCUUGUCUGCUCUUCAGUCCAAUGCCGUUUACCGGCUAAAGAAAACCUGGGCGGCAAUCAACAGGGAGAGCAUGGCUGCUUUCGAUCACCUGUGUGACACAUUUCCUGAUGAAAACUGUGUGCUGGUCAAUCGAGAAAUCCUUGUAGAGGAAGGAAACCAGGCAGCUGAGGUAGACACUCACACUGCUCCAAAGUCUCCCAGACUCAGUCCUACAUCUAAGCACAUGACUCCCUCCAGCGGUGAGGUGCCGUACCUGGGCACUUAUCUGACCGUUCUCACCAUGUUGGACACAGCACUAAGUGAUAAUGUAGAGGGGGGUCUCAUCAACUUUGAGAAGCGUAGAAAAGAGUUUGAGAUUCUGUCUCAGAUCAGGCAGCUGCAGUCAUCAUGUGCUCAGUACAAUCUCCAUUCACAUCCUCACAUCAUUUCCUGGAUCAACAGUGGUAUUCCCCUUUCAGAUCAGAAGAGCUAUGAGUUGUCAAGAGAACUGGAGCCACCAGUUGACCCCUGUCCCAGCUCUCCCAACCUGUGGAGCCACCGACUCAUCACCAAGAAACUGACCUCAUUGCUGUCUGGCAGUGACAACUUCCCUAAGAAGACUUUUGCUGAUCAGAUCAGUGUAUCAUCCUCUGGCUCCAGUGGCUCAGAGAUGGAAGAUCUCGGCAGCCCAAACCUCUCGCCACUUAGAUACAAAGCACAGUCACCAUCUGUAUCCUGUCAGGACAUCUCAGUAGACACACCCACCACCUCUCCAACUCCACCCGGCUCUUUUCGAAGGUGUCUACAGGCGGAUCUGUCUGCCGUGAACCCUGACAGUCCCUCCCCUACUUCCUCAACAUCAUCUUCAUCAUCAUCUCCUUCUCUCAAGCAUCCCAUGUACAAUAAGCAGGUCGCCGAUUCUUGCAUUGUCAGAGUCAGCGUGGAAUUUGGCAACAACGGAAACGUUUAUAAAAGUAUUUUGAUAACCAGUCAGGACAAGACAGCUCAGGUGAUUCAGAGAGCUCUGGAGAAACACAACUUGGAGGAGAUGAACUGCCAAGAUUUUAGUCUCACACAAGUGCUUUCUAACGAUAAAGAGUUGCUGAUCCCAGACAAAGCCAACGUGUUCUAUGCCAUGUGCACCACUGCCAACUUUGACUUUGUGCUGCGCCAGCGUUACAAAAAACUCAGCAGAGCGCCUGCCUCAUCCUGGAGCCCUGGAGCAGUACUGAGAUCCCGCAAGUAACAGCACUGUGAUGACAACUCACAAAAUGGUGGUAUAAUACAUGAAAAACUUGUUUUAAACGUGAACAAAGACUAUAUAACUUCAUGGAAAACUGUGAUGAGCUGGUGACUACUGGAUGUCAGACUGAUGGAUGCAUCAGUGAGCUCUCAAGCACUCUGGAGUCACAAGUUAUGACAGCAUCUCACCCACUCGUGUGUCACUGACUUGUAACAAGGAAACUGUAGCAUUCUACAGCUGCCACAACAGCAGCUCUGAUUUAAAACCAGUUAAAGGUGGAGGAAGAAAGACUCUGAGGAUCUCAAGACCUAGGGAAGUUGCAAUAAUUGGCCACAUCUACUGCCAAUUUAUUCAGAGGUUUUGCUUUGGGAUGUCACACAUGUGAUACCUGAGUUUUACUGAGAAACAUCUGUUUGUAGGUGGAUGAACACAUUUGUUUUAAGUUUGACCUACAAAUAUAGGCUUUUAUGUAGCUAAUAUUCAGCGAUAGGUAAAAAGUAAGUUUUCUAAGUGAAUAAAAAUGUUGAUAUAAUAUAUUUUAUUUAGUUUUAAUAUAAUUUUAAUAAAGAUCACAUUAUUUUAAUUUCAAUAUUUUAAUGUUCUGAUGCAUUUCAGUUUUAGAGUAUUUAACUUUUAUGUGUUAAUCUCGUUUUGUUUGCCUGUGUUGUUCUAUUUCCUUUCAGCUCUUUCUUUUCAUUUUUAGCCGUAUUUAUUUGCAACAAUCAAACCCAUAAGCUGUUUCUUUAUUUUUUAAGACUAUUUCUUUAAGAUCUUUGUACUGAUGCUUGCAUUUCUUUAUCACUUCUUUUUUUCUCAAGUUGAAAAUGUUCUGUUGUUUUUUUAGUAGUGUCAAAUUAAGUAACUCAUCCAUAUUGGAUAUCUUGUUGUGACUUUCUGAGCAAAUUCAAUUCAGAGAACUGAAGUGCACUAGAUGAAUCUCACUGACUUUGUACGUGUUUGUGAACGAUAAAGUAAGUUAGUUGCUGAA